GAAUGGGAGGCGAUGGGAGUGGAGCAACUUCGUCUCAGCACCGUGGAUCUCACUGGAGUCCCCACCUUGGAAAACCUCCACAGGGGUGUGGAAUUCAUCCUGAAGCACCGAGCCUGCGGGAACAGCGUCUACGUGCACUGCAAGGCGGGACGCUCCCGCAGCGCCACGAUGGUGGCGGCGUAUUUAAUUCGACUGCAUCACUGGAGCCCUCAGGAAGCAAUAGCGGCCAUUGCCAAGAUCCGUCCCCACAUCCUCGUUCGGCACAAGCAAGUCCAGGUCCUGGAGGCGUUUCACAGGAACGUGGUCGCUGGGACAACUGCAUAG